CCUGAAUACUAUAGUUAUACAAUACUGAUCUUAACUAAACGUGCGACAUGAGGGUGCUUUUUAGCAAUAACAACGGAGAGGAGGAAUAUACAUCAGAUUCCGACUCUGCCAGUACAACAAGCAGUGAAACUCCAGAAUGGGAUCUUUCUAUAAGCUAUCAGCCGGAAUUUGGUAUCCUGUUUGACGUAGACGGGGUAUUGGCAAGGGGAAGUAACCCAUUGGAUCCAGCUAUACAGGCUGUGAAAUUACUAACAGACACAGAGGGAAACUUGCGGGUACCAGUUGCUUACGUCACGAACGCCUGCAACAGGAGUCAUGACAAAGCUGCCCAGAUACAAAAAUGGUUCAACAUACCGGUAAGUCCAAGUCAGGUGAUACACGCCCCUACUCCAGCUCGCCUCCUUACGGAAUACCACAACAAGCACGUUCUUGUAGUUGGACAAGAGUUCAGACAGGAGAUAGCCGAAGAUAUUGGAUUCACCAACACAUGUACGAUAGAGAAUAUCCGAGAUGCAUACCCGUACUUGGAUAUGGUGGAUCACGACAAUCGGCGACGUGUGGCUGCCGGUAACUUCAGUGACAAUCUGAGUUUUCCACGAGUUGAAGCAAUCCUGAUGAUUGGAGAACCACAGCGAUGGGAAUCCUCCCUUCAGCUUCUUGUUGAUCUACUCCUGACAGAGGGCAAACCCACAUCCGCGCCAUCUUCUAUCAAAGAUGUCCGCCAGUUGCCCGUCAUCGCUUGCAAUAUGGAUCUUGUCUUUAUGGCCGAAGCAUGCAUGCCUAGAUUUGGACACGGAGCCUUCCUUGUUUGUCUGGAGGCUCUUUACAAGAAAAUCACUGGACAGGAUCUUGAGUACACCGCACUGAUUGGCAAGCCUUGUGAGAUCACCUACAGAUAUGCAGAGCAUACCAUAGCUGCUGAAGCAAAGAAGAUUGGAAUCACGCGACCAAUAAAAAAGCUUUAUUUCAUUGGAGAUAAUCCGCACGUGGACAUUGUCGGUGCUAACCUUUAUGAUCGGUUUCUGAAGCAGAGCAAAAAUGGAAAUGAACCUAUUCACAAACCUCUCCCAAGAUCUAGGUCCAUUCCCAGUAGCGAUGCUCUAUUGGAGCAAACUGUACAAAGAAUGGACAGUCUAUUGGUUGGAACUGGAGUCUACAACGCCGAGAAGGAGUCCGAGAAGACAGAUAAUGCUGACGUUUACCACGGACAUCGUGACAUCAUGCACGAACCAGAGCUUGCACAACCCACACGUUAUGUGAAAGACGUUUACCAUGGACUUCAGCAUAUACUGGAACAGGAAAACUUUCGGGUAGCGACGUGAUCAGUUCACAGCAAAACCUGAGUUUGGUUGUGAUGAAUCGGACCGCGGACCACGACAAUUCAAUUCUCAGCGAGUGAACCAAAGACCUGCAAUCUGUGAUACCGCCAUUUCACUGUGUUAUGUAGAUCUCUGUGAGGUGAGACCAGUUCGCUAGUCGGUCACGUUCCUCCCAAUGUCAUGGUCACCCAUCCUUUACAAGUCAAUGACUUCUCAGGAAUUUCAUGAUGACAGUUUAAAAUUGAUUUUAUCUUGUAAUCACUUGCCAGCUUCACGGAAGACAGUAUUAUAUACUGAAAUUAAAAGAAAUUACCAUUGACGGAGUUUUUGAUAUAGACAAAGAAAAAUGUCCAUUGUUUGGAGCCUGUACUACACUUAGAAUAGGUUCAUAUAGUCUACAUCUUAGAUCAAAGGAAACCGAAAAUGUUAUUCAUUGACUGGAUUGAAACAAAUGCAUACUUCAUGUUUAUGUAUAUAUAUGUUGUCAUGGCGACGACCUCUGCCAAUAAUGAGGUCAGGACAGUGCCGGUUACUUGUUUUGUCUGUCGCGUUGUAGUAACGUCACCACGACGAAACCAAGACAGAACAUUCACAAACGUCUGACGUAUCUCCACUGUGUUCAUCAUUUAAUGUUUAUUUAUUAGACAAUGGAAUCGUGCUGCCUCAAUAUAUAUUUAUAAAUUUGUUCUAUUUUUGACACAAAGCUUGAUUAAAGAAUAAAUAAAUUUA